AACGCGGGCGUGUCUUAAAAGUGUCAUCUUUCGUUACGUCACUGAACUGUGUUUUGUAACAUUCGGCGAGACAAGUUACACAAACAGUAAGACAAAAUGGAAUCUGAAAAGGUUUCAGAAAACACAGGCACACCGUUCAUCAGAGGCAUGAAGCACAGCUCCAUUCACUGGUUCCGCAAGGGGCUCCGUCUCCAUGACAACCCUGCUCUCCUGGCUGCCCUGCGGGACUGCGCGGAGAUUCGGCCCGUCUUCAUUCUGGACCCCUGGUUCCCCAGAAACACGCGAGUCGGCAUCAACCGCUGGAGGUUCCUGCUCGAUGCGCUGAAGGAUCUGGAUGGCAGCCUGAGGAAGGUCAACUCCAGAUUGUUUGUGGUGCGUGGGAAGCCCACUGAAACUUUCCCCAGGCUCUUCCAGCAAUGGAAAGUAACCCGGCUGACCUUCGAGAUGGACACAGAACCGUACUCCCGGCAGCGAGACGCAGAGGUGGUCAAGCUUGCGGAGGAACACGGUGUGGAGGUCAUCCAGAAAGUGUCCAACACGCUCUACGACACAGAGAGGGUAAUCGUAGAGAACAAUGGGAAGCCCCCUCUGACGUACAAACGGUUACAGACCAUCCUGUCCUUCCUUGGGCUGCCCAAGAAACCCGUUCCUGUGCCAACGCUGGAUGACAUGAAAGAUGUUCGUACUCCCUGCUCGGACUCUCACGAGCAGGAAUUUGGGGUCCCCACUCUGGAGGAGCUGGGUCAGAACCCCCUCAAGGCUGGUCCGCACCUAUACCCUGGGGGGGAAGGGGAGGCCCUGCGUAGAUUGGACCAGCACAUGCAGAGAGUGGCAUGGGUGUGUAACUUCAAGAAGCCAGAGACAGAGCCCAACACAUUGACCCCCAGCACCACGGUGCUCAGCCCCUACGUGAAGUUCGGCUGCCUUUCUGCACGCACCUUCUGGUGGAGGCUGACCGAUGUCUACCGAGGGAAGAAGCAUUCUGAGCCCCCAGUCUCCCUGCAUGGGCAGCUGCUCUGGAGGGAGUUCUUCUAUACGGCCGGGGCAGGCAUUCCAAACUUCCAUUGCAUGGAGGGGAACCCUGUGUGUGUGCAGGUGGACUGGGACACCAACGAGGAGCACCUAGCUGCCUGGAGGGAGGGCCGCACUGGCUACCCCUUCAUUGAUGCCAUCAUGACACAGCUGCGCUCGGAGGGCUGGAUCCACCACCUAGCGCGGCACGCCGUGGCCUGCUUCCUGACACGAGGGGACCUCUGGAUCAGCUGGGAGGAGGGCAUGAAGGUUUUUGAGGACUUGCUCCUGGAUUCGGACUGGUCACUGAACGCUGGGAACUGGCAGUGGUUGUCCGCUAGCGCUUUCUUCCACCAGUUCUUCAGGGUCUACUCUCCUGUAGCCUUUGGGAAGAAGACGGACAAGAAAGGGGACUACAUCAGGCACGUAAAACAAAACGAAGUACAUCCCCCUGCUGAGGAAGUUCCCAGCAGAGUAUAUCUACGAGCCCUGGAAGGCGCCACUCAGCAUCCAGGAGAGGGCUGGCUGCAUCGUGGGGCAGGACUACCCCCGGCCAAUCGUGGAGCACGACGUCGUCAGCAAGAGGAACGUCCAGAGGAUGAAGGCUGCGUACGCCCGCCGCGCCGCACCCAACAGCGAGACAGGGGCUGUGAAAAGAGGUGCAAAGCGGAACAUGAACUCUGUGGCGGACACGCUAACAAAGAAACCAAGAACAAAUUCCACCUAGUGGGGAAGCAGGAUCAGCGCAGCGAUGAUCCAGAGUCGCUGCUUUGCUACAGAAGCACCUUCUCGCCAGCAUGCAGCGUGACGGCACUGCUGUGAA